AUGGAGAGUGCUUAUCAAGGUGAUUUAGCCGAUGUAGUUCGAGCCAGCGGUGGUACUGGUGCAAUAGGCAGAAGCAACGAUUCUUCCGAGGCACCAAUCUUGAAAUCCGACUGGCAGUUCCCGAGCAUCGAGAUCGAAGAACCAAUUGAUGAUUUUGGUGAUCCAUUUUCCAUAAUGGGAGAUCCACUUCUUCACGAUAUUGAUACACCAUUGUUGCCCGUGUCCAUGUCCAUGUCCGUGCCCGUUUCAGGUUUCUUGAAUACUGGAAGUACGGGAAGGUUUAGUGGUAGUGGUGGUGGUGGUGGUGGUGAUGGUGAUAGCAGUGAAAAUAACAGUAUUCUUGAUGAUAAUAGAAAACGGUAUCCUAGCAUCUUUUCGAGGGUGCAGAUCUCUGCUAAUUCAAAAUUUCCCUUAUCGCCGCCAUGUGAUUCUCCGAUGGGUUCAGCUCCUUUGUUAGUUUCUAAUGAUCAUAGGGUUUCUCAAAAUAGUUUCGAAGGUUGCUUGGUGGAAAGUCCUAGUGUGGGUGUGCAGAUCUCGUCUCCGCGAAAUACGGGCAUCAAACGAAGGAAGAGUCAAGCCAAGAAUAUAGUUUGUAUUCCGGCUCCUGCGCCUGCGAAUUGCAGACCCAGUGGAGAAAUUGUUCCUUCUGAUCUUUGGGCCUGGAGAAAGUAUGGUCAGAAACCCAUUAAAGGCUCCCCUUAUCCAAGGGGCUACUAUAGAUGUAGCAGUUCAAAGGGUUGUUCUGCAAGGAAACAAGUCGAACGUAGCCGGACCGACCCGAACAUGUUAGUCAUCACCUACACUUCUGAGCACAAUCAUCCAUGGCCAACUCAAAGAAAUGCUCUAGCAGGAUCCACAAGAUCUCAGCCAUCAAAGAACAGUAGUUCAGCUCCCAAGAAUUCAUCUUCUGAUCAUCAGGGCCAAAAGUCUACAAACCCAAAAGAAAUCAAUACAGAAAAUGUAUCUUCACCUUCUGUGAAAGAGGAAACGGGUCAAGAUUGUAACAAGAAGUUAGAAACGACUCAUGAUAUCGAAUUGAGUGAAGGGUUUCGAGAGAGCUAUAAGCCGGCAUUAUCGGCCGAUGACAGCAACCAAGCCGAAGACUUCUUCGCAGAAUUGGGUGAGAUCGGAGCCGACCCUUUAGAUCUCUUGUUCACUCAAGGACUUUCUGGAGAAGAAGCCGAAGAACACAAGACCUCAAAUCCAUUCAGUUUCUUUAAUUGGAGUACUGGAGGAAACAGUAACAACCUUAACAGCUCCUCCUUUGGAGAAACUAAGAAGGAUUCAUAG